AUGGGACUAGCCUUCAUGGGACAGUUUGAUACGGAAAAGUUCAAACAGUGGACAAUGAGUAAGAAGAAUGCUGAGAAGCCCCUCAGCUCCGCUCUCGGCCUGGGCCUAGGUCUGGGCCUAGGGGCACUUCUCUACACGGUUCACCGCUCAGUGCAGGCGUCGGACAUCUACCAGCACCCGCCCCGCUACGGCUGGUACCACCAGCACCCGCUGCACUCCUUUGACCACAAGUCAGUUCGUCGCGGCUUCGAGGUGUACAAGCAGGUCUGCGCCGCCUGUCACAGUCUUCGUUUUCUGCGCUACCGCGAGCUGGUGGGCGUCUCGCACACCGAGGAGGAGGCCCGCGCCUUUGCCGAGGAGAACAAAGUCCUUGAUGGCCCAAAUGAGGAGGGCAAGAUGUUCCUGCGCCCCGGCCGCCUCUCCGACGCCCUGCCCUCGCCCUACCCGAACGAGGCCGCCGCACGAGCCGCCAACAACGGCGCCCUGCCGCCCGACCUGAGCUACAUCGUGCUGGCGCGCCACGGCGGCGAAGACUACGUCUUCUCGCUGCUGACCGGCUACGGCCAGCCGGCCCCGGCUGGCGUCCACCUCGGCGCCGGCCAGCACUUCAACCCCGUCUUCCCCGGCGGCGCCCUCAGCAUGGGCCAGACGCUGUUCAACGGCGCGGCGGAGUACUCGGACGGCGGCCUGACGCCGCCCACCGCCUCUCAGCUCGCCAAGGACGUGGUCACCUUCCUCAGCUGGGUCGCCCAGCCGGAGCUGGACACGCAACGGUUAGAGCCGGUGUCGAUGAAGGCGUUCACCGUUUUAGUGAUGGGAGUGCUGGUGGUGCUGGCAAUGAUUGGCGCCCUCACA